GGCGGGCCGCGGCCUGGACGCGCUGCGGGGAGGAGCGGAGCGAGCGAGCAAACGGGCGGGCGGGGGGUGGGGGGGAGGGAGCGAGAGCUGGGACCGCCUCAGCCGCCGCCGCCGCCGCCUGGGAAUGAUCUGGGCGGCAGCGGGCGGCCCCAGCUAGCGGCCGCGAGCCACUUCUGCGGGUACCGGGAGGAGCUAAGGUUGCCGGUCUCGAGUCGUCCCCUCUCCGCCCCCCAGGAGGGGCGAGAGGGAGCCACGGCUGAUGUCAGAUAAAUUGAUAUGUCUGUUUGGCCUGAAUGUUGAAUUAUUCUACCUAUAUACCACUGUUCAUUAAAUACACUUUCGGGAAAUGGCCUCUAAAUCUUGGCUGAAUUUUUUAACCUUCCUUUGUGGAUCAGCAAUUGGAUUUGUUUUAUGUUCUCAGCUAUUUAGUAUUUUGUUGGGAGAACAGGGUGAUACCCAGCCUAAUAUUCUUCAUAAUGAUCCUCAUGCUAGGCAUGCAGAUGAUAAUGGACAAAAUCAUCUAGAAGGACAGAUGAACUUCAAUGCAGAUUCUAGCCAACAUAAAGAUGAGAACACAGACAUCGCUGAAAACCUCUAUCAGAAGGUUAAAAUUCUUUGCUGGGUUAUGACAGGGCCUCAAAAUCUAGAGAAAAAGGCCAAACACGUCAAAGCUACAUGGGCCCAACGUUGUAAUAAAGUAUUGUUUAUGAGUUCAGAAGAAGAUAAAGACUUCCCUGCAGUGGGAUUAAAAACCAGAGAAGGCAGAGACCAACUAUACUGGAAAACAAUUAAAGCUUUUCAGUAUGUUCAUGAUCAUUAUUUAGAAGAUGCUGAUUGGUUUAUGAAAGCAGAUGAUGAUACAUAUGUUAUCCUGGAAAAUUUGAGAUGGCUUCUCUCAAAAUACAACCCUGAAGAACCCAUUUACUUUGGGAGAAGAUUUAAGCCCUAUGUAAAGCAGGGCUACAUGAGUGGAGGAGCCGGAUAUGUUCUGAGCAAAGAAGCCUUGAAGAGAUUUGUUGAUGCAUUUAAAACAGACAAAUGUACACAUAGUUCCUCCAUCGAAGACUUAGCAUUGGGCAGAUGCAUGGAAAUUAUAAAUGUAGAAGCGGGAGAUUCCAGAGAUACCAUUGGAAAAGAAACUUUUCAUCCCUUUGUACCAGAACACCACUUAAUCAGGGGUUAUCUACCUAGAACCUUUUGGUACUGGAAUUAUAACUAUUAUCCUCCUAUAGAGGGUCCUGGUUGCUGUUCUGAUCUUGCAGUUUCUUUUCACUAUGUUGAUCCUACAACUAUGUAUGAGUUAGAAUACCUCGUUUAUCAUCUUCGUCCAUAUGGUUAUUUAUACAGAUAUCAACCUGCCUUACCUGAAAAUAUACGAAAAGAAGUAAGUCGAGAUUACAAAAAUGAAGAUCCAAAAGUAAAAUGAGAACCCUUGAAAGAAAAACACAAAUGAAGAGGUAAAAUGUUUAUCAUUGCACUGAAGAACUUCUACAUUUCUGAUAUAGAACACUGGAAUCCCAGUGAGGAAUUCUUUCGAAGUGAACAUUCCAUAUUAAAAAUCUUUCAUAUGAAUGACUGUAAACUGAAGCUUUAAGUGAGCUGUGAAGUCUGUUAAAAUGUGUUUUGAAACAGUAAUAUAUAUAUGUAAUAUAUAUAUAUUAUAUUAUAUAUAUAUAUGAAAAACUUGUUUUUAAAAUGGUGGCCAGGUAGGGACUAGAAACGAGAUUUUUGUUUUCUAUUCUUGACCACAUUUAUUAUUUUCACUGAGAAACUAGGACACUUAAAUUUUCUAAAACUACACUGCACAUAUUAAUAACACACAUGAUGCUAAAUAGGUCUGCCUUAAAGAAAAUUUUAGGAGGAAAUAGUGUUGCUUAAUGUUAUUCAUAAACUCAAGACAUGAGUUUAUAUUUGUAGUAUGAUAUAAAUGAACCAAACCCUUCCCCCACACACACACUCACACAUGCAGUUUUUGUCUAAUGGAAAUUUCCUGUGACUGUAAUUGGCAGUAUUUCUUCCACACAAAGUAAAGUAAGAAUGGCACUUGUCCUAAAGUGCAUUAAUAAACCACAUUUUGAAAUUAUAUGGGCCUCGACUGUAUUAUAUACUUGGUUCUAAUUAGUAAUUAAUGUUUUACUGAGUCCCUGUUGUCUCUUUUCUAAAUAUGUUUAUCCUUGAAUACAGUUUUAAUUAUUAAUAUUUAUUUACCCAAAGCAUUAAUAGCAUUCUAUAAACAUGCAUUUUAAAAUAUUUUGUUCCCAAAUUUACCCAUUGUUAAUUGUGGGUAACCAAUAAAUAGUAAAUUUAAUGCUAUUUGGGGAUGCCUUUCUUAGAUCAGUGCCACUCUCAGGAAUUAGUGUAAUUUUAAGUUGAUUAUUUAAAACUCUUUCCAACUACAUAAUUAUAGUUCCUUUUGUUAUCAUCCUGUUGAGAGAUGAGAAUUUGUUUGUGCCUUUCAUAACUUGUUUAAAGCAAAGUUUAGACAUUCAUUUUUAGGCUCUGAGGUGGCUAUUAGUUGCACUGGCAAAUUAACUUGAAUGUACAAUUUUCACCAGAGUUGAUUAAAAAUAUUAGAAAAACAGAGUGCUUAAACAAAGUGAACUAUGCCAGAUAUUAAAAGACCAAAUACUUAAUUCAUGAAAAUGAGCCUGAAUUUUGAUGCUGACUUACUAUUUUGGGGUGGUUUUUUGGUUGGUUGGUUAUUGGUUGGUGGGUUUUGGUUUUUGGUUUGCCAGUAGAUAAUUCUAACAGCAGAACACCCAAUUCAACACUGUCAUCAAAAAUAUGUUCGUAAAUAUUUCAUUCUGAUUUUAGUGACCUAUUUAAAGAAUUUCUGGAAGGAAAGAAAAUUUUAAGCUUUGUUGUCUUUAGUAGUAUUAUCUGAGUGUAUCAUAAAAUAAUAUUUUGCAGACUUUCUAUAAGAUUAUCUUAAAUGUUAAAAUUAUUUACAUUUUUUGUUUAUCAUUAUGCAAAUUUAACAUGGCUAUCAUGCCAUUGAAUCUGCUGCUUAGCUGAAGAGUUUAUAUUUAUUGUGCCAAAACAUGUCAAAAUUAUGAUCUCUUUGAAUGGUAUAUAUUGAGAGGAUGUUCUUGGUGACAAUUAGUGGUAAUUAUGGAUUACCCUGUCCUGUCCACACAUUGAAAAGUCCCAUCAGUUUUUAACUUAAAUUGUCUUUUGUUGUUUUCAUGACACUGUUACCUGCCAGAAUUUCAAGGCAUUCAUUCUUUUCUUUGAACAACUCUUCAUCUUGGUGUGAAUAUGAAUUUAUUUGCAGUCCAUAUUAUGCUACUUUCUAAAAAACCUUAAAAUUUACUCAUAGGAAAUUAACAUUUUGAUGAAUCCUGGGGUCUGGAAUCAGACUGCCUGGGUUUAAAUUCUUGAUCUAUCACUUACUAAGUUUUGUAACCUUGAGCAAUUUACUUAAUCUCCCUGUGCCUCAAUUUUCUCAUCUAAGUUAGGGAUGGUAAUACUAUCUACCUCACAGGAUUUUUAUGAGGAUUAAAUGAGUGAAUAUAUGUACAACUUUUAGAAUACUUGUCUGGCCCAGAUUACGGAGCAAUAAGUGUAAGGUUUUAUAGAAUGUAAAUAUUUGUUCUAAGUGAAUGAAAAUAUCUGCUUUAUUCAAUUAGAUAUUGAAGGAAAUAUUUCAUACAUUUCUUAUAAUAAGUAAUAGCUAAUUUUUAUCUAAUGCCUACUGUAUGCCACAUGGUGUGCUUUAGAUAUUCUAUGUACAUUAGGGUUAAUCUUCACAAAUUGGGUAUUCUUCCUAUAUUGUAGAUGAGAAAACUGAGGCUCAGAGAAUUAAAGUAAUUUUUUCACUGUCAUAGAGCAAGUAAGUAACAGAGCCAGGAUUUAUGCUCCAAGUCUGUGUGUUCUUUGUACCAUGUCAGCCUUGAGGUUAGUCAUUUAGCACUAUUGUUUUCCAUUUUACUUAUUAACAUGUGUGAUAUGAUACUUCAGUCAGUAACAGACAAAUUAACUAGCCAGGUUGUCAUAGUGGCUCUCAAAUUGUCGUUCUUCUAUACUUGCCCGGGAGCUUGUUAAAAUGUGGAUUUCAAGACUCUGUCCCAGAAAUUCUGAUUCUAGCAUGGGGCUCAGUACUGUGCUUUCUUACUAGAUUGCCUAGGUCAGUGGUUCUCGAUGUGUCGUUGUCCCCAACUAGCAGUAUUUGCACAUCUGGGAACUUGAAAUGCAACCUCCCUGUGGCCCCCACCCCAGACCUUCUGGAGAGUCAGAAACUCCAAGAGGAGAGGCUAGCAGCUGUGUUUAAACAAGCCCUCCAGGUGAGUGAGUCCUAUUCAUUCUAGUUUGGGAACCAAGACUUGGGUGAUUCUGAUGCCAAUAAUCCUUGGAAUGUGCUGAAGAUUUAUUGCUCCUUAAGUGAGGUAUCUUUCAAAGAUUUAGAUGAAGUAUGUUUUAAAUCUGUGUCAUCCAAGAUCAUACUAUAUUAAAUGUGAGAGACUUUAAAGAUAACUUUAAAGGGUCCAUGGAUCAUUCAUUUUUUUGACGAAAUUCUUUAGCUUCUUCAGAUUGACAAUACCAGGGCCCACAAUAACGUAUGUCAUUCUCCAAGUUUAGUAAUUUCACAGUUGGGGCAGGAAGAGUUUAUUAAGUACUAGUAAAUACAUAAUAAUUCAUUAAAAGCAUAACUAAAUGAGUGUCCUCACUUGUUAGUAAAAAAGAAAAAUCAAUUGUAAGCAAAAAACUUUAAAUGGGGGUAGCAAAAUACUACUUUAUAAUAUGCAGAUGUUUUUCUGCUAAUUCGUGCUAUCAAAAUUUCAUCACUUUCAAGAAUCAGUUGACUGUCCUAGAUGACCUAGUACAGCAAAAAAUUCUCCAAGUAUUCAGUAGAGCACAUAUAAGCAGAUUUCAUGAUGAUCACUUACCAUCUUUUAAAUUACCAUCUUUGUCAUUUGGAUAAAUGAUUUUAGUGUGGUCUCAAACCAUAAGGCUUUUGCUAUCUUUAUGCUUCCCAGGAACAGUAUACUUAUAUUUCAAAUGGGAAGUUCAUAGGUGAUACAAAGCAAAUUUUUGUCCCAGAGUUUAAUUAUUUGUUUUAUCUUAAAUUUCAGAGGAAUUUUGUUACUCUAAGAUGAUUCAAAAUAAAGUACUGGCCAGUUUUUAACAUUUUUUGAAAUACGGUAGUUGUAUUUGAGCAUUAAAUUUGUUAACUGAUAAUUUUCAUAAGUGUUUCUUGAGUAUUAAUUUUUCACUUCCUUGAGCCUAUCAAACUAUAGUAUUUCUGGAUUGAGACUUGAAAAAAAAUGCCUCACUUUAUUGAUUAGAUCAAGUCUGUCCUUUUGUUCCUCAUUUAAAUUUUCAGUUCAUUAUUUUGUCUUUGACAAUUUCUUCUUUGUAUUUGUUGCCCUCUAUUUUCUUUAUGACUAAUUUCCAUUUCUUAACUACUUUAAUGCUGCCUUUGCAAUGUUAAUUUGGCUGUAAUUAGUGAUUAGAAUUUGCAUCACUUACUAAUAAUUUUAUACCUAUUAACUUUAGAUUUCCCUACGAGAUUGAAAGAAAAAAAUCUAAGAAUAAUGCCUGCUGGCUCUCAGGAUACUUGCCCUAGUUAAAAGUCUACAGUUUUAAACUAGUUCUAUAUAUUACAAUUACUAAAUGAACUAAAGUUAUUUGGAUUCCAUUCCCUCAACCCCCUUUUCUCAAAAACAAACCAAAAAACUCAUUUGCCUCAUUUCUCUACUUUACUGUAGGCCUACAGAAACAUUCUUAAGCAAUCUGGGGGACAACCUGUUGUUUAUUUUAUGCUAAAUGUAACCUCUAUUGAUUUAAAAAUAUGACUUAUGUUUAUAUAUUGGAAUUGAAAUACAAGUUUUAAUACAGAUUAGAGCAAAAACUUCACAAAUUCUCCCUAGAGAAAUCAACUCUAAAACUAACUUCAGAAGUGAACAGUGCUUUGUUUCAACCCCUUUUACCUCUAGUUUUUAUCAGUUCAGUUUAAAUAACUUUGCAGGGCCCUACCAAUUAAUAAUCCAUAUAAAGUAUAUAUUAGAGGGAAACUAAUCUUACUGCUAAGCAGUGUGUUAUAUUACACAGUGAAUAUUUGUGUUUUGGAAUUUUGAAAUUAUGUAAGGUUAUAGUAUUAUGAAUGGUUUAAAAAUGUGUGGUGACUUGCUUAUUUUAAGUGAUCCACCAAUAAGUCAGAAAAAAAUGUAUUUUUAAAUAUGUUUUUUAAAGUGCCUUUUGAACAUUUUUAAACAAUGGAUUUAAACAACCGCAUAAAAUAAAUUACCAUGUUUAAA